UCCUGUUCGGGACUCGGUUGCUCAUCUUUCUUCGUUCUCCCGCCAGACAAGCAGAUGCCCAGGGUCCAGAAGUCAGCCCAGCAGCACGCCGGGACGCGCGGCACCCGGCCCGGGGCUCUGAGCCGUCCCAUGCCCAGGACGCCGCGGAGGCGCCCCACGAGGGCCGCAACAGAGCGGGCACCCUCCCGUGUGACUACAGAUACUCAGAGGACCACAGCCCUGCACACCCACUGUCCCCGCCGCCACCACCACCCGGCCCAGGAUCCCAAACUCAAGGCGGCCUCUCGGCCCCGCCCACUCGAGGGCCGGACCCCCGGCCUGUGAGCGCAGCGUCCCUCGCCAAGCGGCCAGCUCCGCAGAGGCCGCCGCCACCCAAGCGCGAGCCAAGACAUUUCAGGGGACCCGCCGGUGCCAUUCCCACGGGCGCACCUGCGGCCAAUCACCUGGCCGCGCCUGGCAGGCCCCUCCCCACGCCGUCCCCUGAGGCCCUGGAGGUGUGUGCGGACCGCCCGGCCCUCCCCCGCAGCCCCGGUGCCCUGGCGGAGAAGCUGAGCGGUGCCCAGCGCGCAGACGCCGCCCCGAAGCCCGCAGCCGCGGAGCUGGACCGGCAUGUAGAGGAGCACCCAGCCUGCCCCCAGCGGGAAGCCCCGACCCCUCCCAAGGCCCGGCCCCCGCAGACGUCCAGCAUGGAGACCUCGCGCUCCCCUUCUCCUCAGUUCGCCCCCCAGAAGCUGACGGACAAACCUCCCCUGCUCAUCCAGGACGACGGGUCCACCAGGAUCGAGCGGCUGAUAGACAACACCACGGUGAAGAUGGUGCCCAUCAAGAUCGUGCACUCGGAGAGCCAGCCGGAGAAGGAGAGCCGCCAGGGCCUGGCGCGCGCCCCCGCCGAGCCGCCCGCGCUGCCCAGCGGGCUGGAGCGCGACCAGAUCAAGACGCUGAGCACCUCGGAGCAGUCCUACUCGCGCUUCUGCCUGUACAGCCGCCCGGGCGCCGAGCCCGAGCCCCGCGCCCCGCCGCCGCCACCCCCGCCGCCCUCAGCGCCCGGCGGCCCUGACGGCCGCGCCUCCCCGCCGGCGCUCAGCUACGUGAAGGCCAGGGAGCGCACGGCGGAGGACCUGAAGUCGGAGGAGCUGGCCCGGGAGAUCGUGGGGAAGGACAAGUCCCUGGCCGACAUCCUGGACCCCGGCGUGAAGAUGAAGACCACCAGGGACCUCAUGGAGGGCAUCUUCCCCAAGGACGAGCACCUCCUGGAGGAGGCUCAGCAACGCAGGAAGCUGCUCCCCAAAGUCCCCUCGCCCAGGACCACGGAGGAGAAGAGAGAGGAGCCCAGCGUGCCGGUGGCCGCGUUCCUGGCCACCAAUUCCACCUACUACAGCACGUCGGCCCCCAAGGCGGAGCUGCUGAUUAAGAUGAAGGAUCUGCAGGAGCAGCAGGAGCCCGAAGAGGACUCCUCGGGCAGCGACUUGGACCACGACCUGUCCGUGAAGAAGCAGGAGCUCAUCGACAGCAUCAGCCGCAAGCUGCAGGUGCUCCGGGAAGCGCGCGAGAGCCUGCUGGAGGACAUCCAGGCCAACAACGCCCUCGGGGACGAGGUGGAGGCCAUCGCCAAGGACGUCUGCAAGCCCAACGAGUUCGACAAGUUCCGGAUGUUCAUCGGGGACCUGGACAAGGUGGUGAACCUCCUGCUGUCCCUGUCGGGCCGCCUGGCCCGGGUGGAGAACGCCCUCAACAAUUUGGACGACAGUACUUCCCCUGGGGAUCGGCAAUCGCUGCUGGAGAAGCAGCGGGUCCUCGUGCAGCAGCAUGAGGACGCCAAGGAGCUGAAGGAGAACCUGGACCGCCGGGAGCGCCUGGUGUUCGACAUCCUGGCCAGCUACCUGAGCGACGAGAGCCUGGCGGACUACGAGUACUUCGUGAAGAUGAAGUCGGCUCUCAUCAUCGAGCAGCGGGAGCUGGAGGACAAGAUCCACCUGGGCGAGGAGCAGCUCCGGUGCUUGGUGGACAGCCUGCAGCCCGACAGGGGCAAAUGACUGGGUCCUCGCCGGCGGGGAGUGGACACACGGGGCCUUGGUGCCGCAGUCCCCCGGGCUGCGAGCGGAAGCACGGCCUGUGUGUGUGUCCCGCAGCCAGAACCCUCCCUGCCGUGGCGAGGCGGCCCUGGGGAAAGCAGGGACUGCCGCGUGUGUUUGGGACGAUUUAUGGAAGCUGUUGGUUCCCCUUUAGUGCCCGGUGGCUGCCAGUUGGCCGUUCUCCUUCCCAAGGAACCAGACGUGGCGCCUAGUCUGUGGUCCGUGGCAGUCUCUGCCCCGCACCCUUGGGCUCCAGGCCUGUGGUGCAUGCAGGGCUCGUGCGUGGCGGUCAGUGGGUCCUGCCUCCCCCGCCUUCGCUGCUGAACCAGCCUCCUGGGAAGCAACGGAGGGCGUGUGCAGGGCGCACGGCAGGAGACCCCGGGUCCACGUCCUCCCGUGGGACUCCUCCCGGCCACGGGCCUCCCUCUUUCAUCCACGUUUGUCCCACGGUGUUAGUGUUCCUUGUCUCUCUCAUGUUAACGGCGUGCCCUGACCUCACAAAGCCCGUGAUGAUGAUAAUUUAAUAACAUUUUGUAAAGGUGACUACUUCGCCAGUGGUUCAAAACCAGCUGUGAAACGCGUAAGCUGUACGUCGGGUGCCCUCUCGCGAAACCCGCAGUGCAGGGUGUGAGCAUGCCGCAACACCCGUGCACGGGGCGCAGGCCCUUCGCCCGCCUCCUGCCCUGGCGGCACGGGGCGGGGGUUGUCCUGCGGCGUGCAGUGGCGUGGUGAGAUGUGUGUCUGGUCGUCUCGUGCUCGCUCGAUAUGUGUCUCAUGAGACCAGCGGGAUGCUCCUCAAGUUCCUUUCCCCCCAGAACAGUUGUUUUGUGUGCGUACGGUCCCGUUCGUGGUGAUCGGCUACGUCCCCGUUUUUCCCUCUUUAAAUUGACCAGCAUGGCCGUGAAGGCUCCGAUCCGUUUCCUGGAAGAAUCCAGCCUCCGGUGUUUCCGAGGUCCCAUCGCCAGUAUAAACCUGCCAUUGAGUUCACAGACUCUGCCCCGUGUGUGGAUGGAAACGGCAAGAUUCUAAAGACAGUCUGUUCACUUAAAACAAAACAAAACACGCCAUCGUGCUGUCCAUUUCUAGUUGACAAGUCACACACUGGGAGAAAAUAUUGGCAAGUCACACGUGUGACAAAGGAAUUAUCUCCAGAAUAUGUAAAGGACUGUACAAAAACAUCUGCCAUCAGAGAAAAACAGCCCCGUUGAAACGCGGGCAGGAGAUUGCACCAAAGAGGACCAGCGUGGCACAUACCUGCGCACAGGGGAAGGCUGGGGAGCCGCCACCGGCUUGGUUGGGACCUCCUGACUUCUCCCUAAAUCGUCGUAGGGCUGUGCGUGUCUCCACGGAUGCCCACCUGACCACAGGCGUGGUUGAUGGCGGGGGGAUCCCUUGGAUGAGUUCACGUGAAGGUAACAUCUGGACACUUGUUUGACGGAGGGAUCAUUGUCUUACACGAUGCCCCUCAUUGCCAUAAAAGAACUUUCCCAGCAAGUGCGGAGACAUCUCUUUGUCAGACGGGGGACCGCGCCGCCUUAUCAAAACGCACCCGCGCACAAAUGCCUCAGGACACGUGUCCGUCCUUCAGGAGCCAGAGCGGGGGAGCCGGACUCCCGUGCCCACCUCCUUGAGCCGCGCACAGGGGUCCGAACGGGCACGCCCCGCUAACACAGGCAAUAAGCCUCUCUCUGGCAACCCACCCACCCCGGAAAGACAGAGGCCUUUCCAGACGUCUUCAUGCCCACCGGGGGAAGCUCUGUGACUUGAGCAACCCGCCAACGAAGUGUCCUCCUUGGCGCCCAGCCGCGAGCUCCGGAGACUGGAAGGUCCAGCUGCCUGUUGGUGGACCUCCCCCGGUCUCCCUGCCCAGGGAGGCCACCACCCUCCUUUCCGUGUGUUUGCUUUUUCCUUUAGACCCGAGGUUUCGUCUGUGAUGCCUUCCCCUCCGAUGCAGUCUUGUGCUGGUGUCGAAGCUCUGUCCAGUGUGAAGAACAGAGUCUGUGUGUCCGUCCCCUGCCUUCGAUGUGUCCCGAGCACUUUCUCAUACGUGGCCACAUGCAGUGCUGUUCCCCUGUUUGCCUGUUCCGUGUCUGGGGAGUACCGGGAGGGGGGGACCCAAAGAUUCCUGCGAGUCGAUGUAUAUACGUGAUGUUGUACAUAGUUCCAUUAUUGCCUAGAAAACCCGUCUGGUGCUACUGUUUGCCCCGGGCGUUCCUGGAGGGGUGGGGGUCUGCCUCCUGAGCCCGUGGCGUCGCUCCGCUGUGGCACGCCCCGAUUUCAGGCAGCCCCCGUGCCCCCGCGGCUCACUGUGGAAAGCGUGUGCAAGGUGUCGCGCCCGACACUUACCUCUCUCUACACACCAUCCUGCUUGACUUUCACGAAAUAAAUAGUGUCUCCGAGUG